AUUCCUUGUUUAUUAUACUCAAUUUUCCAUUAUUCUUUCCUCUUCUCCCUUCUAUUAAAAACAUAAUAAAAACAUAAUCUUUAAACGCCUUAUAUACUAAUUUCUCCCCAAUCAGAAAAUCAAAAAUUCAUAACAACAAAUUAAUUUCUUAAAGCACCGAGAAACAAAAAUCAGAACUUCUCCCUUCAAUCCUCCAUCAAAGUUUAAUAGGGAUCAUGAGAUUCAAGAAAGGGUCCAGAGUAGAAGUCUUGAGCAGAAAAGAGGUGCCAUCAGGAUCCUGGCAUUGUGCUGAAAUAAUCAGUGGCAAUGGCCACAACUACAAAGUUAGAUAUGAAGGCUCUUCCGAUGCCACUAACAAGGCAAUUGUGGAGAUGGUAUCUAGGAAAGCCAUUAGACCUUGUCCUCCUGCACCAGCAGUUUCAGAUAAUUGGGUUCCUGGUGAUGUUGUUGAGGUUUUUGACAACUUUUCUUGGAAGAUGGCAACGUUUUUAGCGAUUUUGGAAAAAAAAUGCAUUUUGGUUAGGUUGCUUGGAUCAUCUCUGGAGUUUAAGGUCAGUAAAUUUGACGUCCGUGUGAGACAAUCAUGGCAAGACAAUGAAUGGGUUGUGAUUGGAAAGGGUUCUGGCAGUUGUGAAGAUGUGAAACAUGGUGAAAAUUCCAUUCUCAGAUACAACCAAAAGUCUAGCUCCCGGUUUCAAAAUACUGUUAGAAGGACAAACAGGCAUGUGAAAGAUGAAUGUGGCCCUGUUAAUACAAAGGUUAAUUACCAAAAUUCUGUUAUGGCUUCCUCAAAAUCUCUAAAGAGAGGAUGCUACUCUCAGGUUGAAGCUCAUGCCACUGCUGGACAGAAGUUGAGAGCAGUUGAGAGAAAUGAAAGAUUGUACCGACUGGUGGUUGCAAAUCCAUCCAUUCUUGAACAGGUAGAUGCUGCUGCUUUCCCAAGAGAUAUGUUGGGUGAGAAUAAUGUACAUGCUUCUCAUAAUGACAGAACUGGGUUGUCUGACGUGCAUGGAGACACGGGAAAACCAAAUGGUUCUGUUGGAUGUUAUUUUGCUGAGCAUUUAGAAACGAAUGACGCUGAUAGUGUUACAUGCUCUGUUGGUAGUUGUAGUGUGAGUAGUAACGAUUUCUAUAGGUUACCUCAUUGUGUUUCCGCAGGUCCUAUUGAAGUUGUUGAUGGUGAAUGUAGUGAUGCUGAAUCUUUUUGUCCAAGGGGAGAUAAGGAAGGAGAUUGUCUCCUUCCGGUGAAAGAAGAACUGGCUGCCAAGAUCCAUAAGAUAGAGUUACAUGCCUAUCGUUGCACUUUGGAGGCCUUGCAUGCAUCAGGGCCUUUAAGUUGGGAACAAGAAAGUUUGGUGACAAAUCUUCGUCUUUCACUUCAUAUAUCUAAUGAUGAACAUUUGAUGGAGAUAAGAAACUUAAUUUCCGCUGAUAGUACCAUUCCUAUAAGAUAACAAGGAGUACCUGUGGUUUUCCUUUAGAAAUAGACUUUGAUGAAAUAUGCUCUCACUUUUCCUCGUUAAGUAUACAGCAUAUAGUGAUAUAUUUUGAAAUGAAUGUAACAACAGAAACUGCAGAGCAUUAAAUGUUUGUGAGCUAAGCAUUGUGUAUCAGUUCUUCCAUCUCUUCUUGCCUCCCUCAUUUGUACAUUUAUUUUAGCAAAACAAAUCUUUGAGAAAUAGCAUAUCAGGAAUUUUCCAACAA